CCUCAGUCCUCUCCGGGUCGGAGCUCGACGCCCGGCAGGGGUCACUGCGCACCCAGCGGGCGGGAAGGGGGCGCAGGCGCAGCGGGUGCCAAAGCAUCCCCUGUUGGGGGCGGUAGCGUGGGGGCUGGAGGUGGGGUUAGAGAAAGGGACGCGAGCGAGAUCCAAACUUCCGGUGCCUGCAGAGAGCGGAGCGCGGCUGCACAGAGAGGCUGCACCGGCAGAGGCUGCAGGGUGGACCCGCGGCCCGGCGCAGCCAUGGUGAAGAUCAGCUUCCAGCCGGCCGUGGCCGGCAUCAAGGGCGACAAGGCCGACAAGGCUUCGGCUUCGGCCUCGGCCUCGGCCUCGGCCCCGGCGCCUGGCCCGGCCGCUGAGAUCCUGCUGACGCCGGCUCGGGAGGAGCGGCCCCCCCACCACCGCCACAAGAAGGGGGGCUCUGUUGGCAGCGUGUGCUACCUGUCGAUGGGCAUGGUGGUGCUGCUCAUGGGGCUCGUGUUCGCCUCCGUCUACAUCUACAGAUACUUCUUCCUCGCCCAGCUCGCCCGAGACAACUUCUUCCACUGCGGCGUCUUCUACGAGGACUCCCUGUCCUCCCAGGCCCACACCCGGAUGGAGCUGGAGGAGGACGUGAAGAUUUACCUCGAAGACAACUACGAGCGCAUCAACGUGCCUGUGCCCCAGUUCGGGGGCGGUGACCCUGCAGACAUCAUCCAUGACUUCCAGCGGGGUCUGACCGCCUACCACGACAUCUCCCUGGACAAGUGCUACGUCAUCGAGCUCAACACCACCAUCGUACUGCCUCCUCGCAACUUCUGGGAGCUCCUCAUGAACGUGAAGAGAGGAACCUACCUGCCGCAGACGUAUAUCAUCCAGGAGGAGAUGGUGGUCACAGAGCACGUCAACGACAAGGAGGCCCUGGGCUCCUUCAUCUACCACCUGUGCAAUGGGAAGGACACCUACCGGCUGCGGCGCCGGGCGGCUCGGAGGCGGAUCAACAAGCGUGGGGCCCAGAACUGCAACGCCAUCCGCCACUUCGAGAACACCUUCGUGGUGGAGACGCUCAUCUGCAGGGCCGCGUGAGGCCUCCGCGGCGCCUGGCCCCACCCCGCCUCCCCUCUUUUCUCUUCCUGCCACUCUCUGCCCUGCCUCCUUCCCCUCAUGUAGCUUGUACUUCGGAUGCCAUUCCAUAGAUGUGACAUGUCUCCCGUCCCUCUCCAGCCCUGCCCACCUCCCUGUACCAGAGCCGAGGCCUCUGGAGGCCCCGCCGCUGCUGACAACGGGCCUGGGGACAGAGAGGGCGCCCCAGGGUGGUUUCUGUGGCCACCGCCUGGAAGUUCGCUCCGCUGUGGACCGGCCCACAGCUGUGCCGGCAACCCACGGGAAGUGCCGGACUAAGGGGCUGGGCACAUGGGAGUCCUGGGCUAGGAGACGGGGUGGGGGGAAGGGUGUAGAGGGGAUUCGGAACUGUCCGCACCGUUGGGAAAGUCCCAUAGGCUUUUUGCAGGGGAUGGCACACUUCCUCUCAUGUCCCCAUUCCCCGGUGCGGCUGAGGAUGGGGUCUGUGCCCAGGGGUGGACCCACCCAGAGCACAAGGCAAGGUGGCUGUCGGGGGGGAAAGGGGGGGUCUCCCAGGACUCCCGGCAGUGCCUUCCGCCCACAGAGGGAGCCUGGAGCUUGGGGGGUGGGGAUGAGUUCGUCAAGCACAAUCGCUUUCUGAGUGGAACCAAAGAGGGAGGAGCCCGGGCCCCCAGCCUGGCCCCCAGGAGCACACGCGGAGCCUGGCAGCCACAGCCUCCUGGAAGAGGGCCAGGAGGACUGGCCCCCGUCCCUGCCGGGCUGAGCACAGCACUGCCCAGACCUGGGCUGGGGUCCUGCUGAGCGGGCGGGGGCUCCUUGCUUCCUCCGAGCUUAGAGCCGGUUUAGAGAGGAUACGGAGGGGAGAGCCGCCUGGUACUUGCACACCCUGCCUCCUCUUUGUUCUGAACCUCCAUCCCCCUCUGCUGUGGGGGAACGCACCAUUUUUCCUUUCCCCACUCACUUUUGCAUGUUUUUACUGCUCCUUCAAUAUGCUAACCGUCCUGAGCCCUGAGCCUUGAAGAGGAAGGCUUCGACACCUCCAGCUAGGCCCAGGUGCUCCUGGAGACGAAACUCUUAAACGCUUUGUAUAUUUUUCUCAAUUAGAUCUCUUUUCAGAAG